AUGGCAGUUGACGUCCCUGGAUCCGUAAUCGCGAAGUUACUGUUCUUUACUCUAUCGAUGGUGAUCUUACCCGUAAUCACUUUCUUUACUGUGCAGCAAUAUACUACUAAUACUCUUGUAAGUGGGGGCCUGGCUGCCCUAGCUGCUAACCUGGUCUUAGUUUCAUAUGUUAUAAUGGCCUUUACAGAAGACACACAACCCCAAGGCAUUGAAAUGGAUAAGAAGCACGAAUAA